CAGGUGAGCACGGCACAGGGAGGGCACACGGCCGGGCGCCAUCCCUGUCCCUGCAGCGUCCAAGCCCGGCCCUGCCCACCCUCACACAACGUCCCGUGCCGCUUCGUGGCCGCCUUCGGCGCCGGGUUCUGUGCCACGGUGGUGGCGUCGCCGGUGGACGUGGUGAAGACGCGGUGCAUGAACGGCAGCCCCGGGCAGUACCGCAAUGCCCUGAGCUGCCUGCCGGCCCUGCUCAUGCAGGACGGCCCCGCCGGCCUCUACAAGGGCUUCGUCCCGUCCUUGCUGCGGCUGGGCUCCUGGAACGUGGUGAUGUUCGUGUCCUACGAGCGGCUGCAGCGCCUGAUGGUGCUGGCACGGCCGGCGCUGGCCUGAGCCCCCGGCGCCCCGGGCCGCCCGGCGAGGCUCACAUCGAUUACAUUCAUCGCAUCCAUUCUAUUCAUUGCCGGAGCGCCGGGGAGCAGCGGAGCCACGGGCCCGGGGAGGGACGCGAGAGACGCGAGGAGGAGGAGGAUGCUGGAGGAGGAGAAGCGCGGGAGAACAGAGGCUUUCAGAGAAGAGUUUUAAGGGACGGAGGAAAAAAUGUUUGUUGGCUUUGCAGCCGGGAAGAGCAGCGCUUCCCGAGGGCGGGGGUGUGGGCAGGCGGGACCAAGCUGAGGGCCAGGGAAUUCCCGUUGUUCCUCACUGGCGCUUCCAAUAAAUCGCCCCUAUGGGGCCUGAUCACA